GUAACAUAUCGAGACCAUCAAGCAUUUUUGGCGGCCAUUAUAAGAAAAUUUUUGUGUGCAAACUAAUAGAAUACGGAAAAGCGGAAAAGUCCAUGCAUAAAUAAAGCGGACGUUUUCUAAAUAACCCAAUAAACCGAACCGCCGAACAUAUUUGAAAAUGUCUACGGGAGCUGCCAGAGUCUACAUCCAAGUCGAGAGCGAGGCCGAGCAGCAGGAGCAUCUGAAGCAACAACGCAAACAAGUGAAGCCUCUGCAGGGCAUCAACAUCAACGCGAACGCCAACGACAAGGAGAACCGUGUGUCCAUCGUGGAUCAAUUGAGUCGAUUGAAGGCCACUGCCACGCCCAAAUACGGCAAACGCAAAUGUGUGGACACAGCAGCGACAACAACCACAACAGAGUCUAGAGAUGCCGAUACACAAACUGAGGACCCAUCCUCACGUCCCAUCACAGCCGAAGAUCUGACCAGUGAGUGUGAGCCUGGCGAAAACUAUUACAAACUGCUUGCCGAGCAGCGACGCUUGGCUCUGGAAGAUUCACUCACAGAAAAUCGCCACCUACACGAACGCAUCGAGGGGCUAGAAGAGGAGAUGGAUAUAAUGCGCAAAGAGUUAGACGAGACCAAGAAUCUGGUGGAGGUGCUUAAAGAAAUAUGCGACGAAGAGGACCACAGUGAAGCUGAGGAGGAGGAAGUGAAAGCGCAGGAAGAAGAGGAGGAGGAAGUAGUCAAUCCCUAGAUCUGCUAACCCAAAGGAUACAUUUUAAGUUUCUUUAAAGUUUUUAGUUAUAAUUUUUUGCUCAACAAAAACCGCAAAUGCUAUAUACAUUUGAUUUAUUUCCAGUUUUAUAUAUAUUUCACAAUAAAGUUUGUUCAGUAAAUUUCUGUAUUCCAAUCUCA